AAGGAUCUCCUCCUUCUCAGUUCUCCCUCCCCUUCUCUCUCUCGUUUCCUCUCUUCGUGGGUUCUCUGUCAGAGGCAGCACAGUUGUUCUCUCUCUCUCUCUCUCUCUCGCUGAGCAGUAGCCCGUCUUCUCGUAGCAGGCAGGAGAUCCGGCGAGACAAAGGGCCGAGAUGCGUUCAUCCGUGGGAUCCCCCUCGCUCUGGGGGCUUCUGCUUCUCCUCCUCCUCGGCAGCUGUGCUCCCUGUUCCGCCUCGGAGUCGGAUCACAGGUAUCAGUUGGAAGAACCAGUGACACUUUGGGUAAACAAGGUUGGACCUUAUAAUAAUCCUCAGGAAACGUAUAACUACUAUAGCCUUCCAUUUUGCCACCCAGCUGGCAAUGCUGCACACAAAUGGGGUGGUCUUGGUGAGGUUCUUGGAGGGAAUGAACUCAUUGACAGCCAGAUCGACAUAAAAUUUAGAAAGAAUAUUGAUCGUACAUCAAUUUGUGUACUUGAGCUGGAUGCUCCCAAAGUGAAGCAGUUCAAAGAAGCAAUAGAGAAUAGUUAUUGGUUCGAGUUUUUCAUGGAUGACUUGCCUUUAUGGGGUUUUGUUGGUGAGCUUCAUUCUGAUAGAAGCAAUGACAAUAGACAUAUGCUUUGGACACAUAAGAAUAUUUUGAUUCAGUACAAUGGUGAUCAGAUUAUUCAUGUAAAUCUUACACAAGAAAGUGCAAAGUCUUUGGAAGCAGGAAAGACAUUGGAACUUACUUAUUCGGUCAAAUGGGUCUCAACUAAUGUUACGUUUGCACAUCGUUUUGAUGUUUACCUGGAUUAUCCUUUCUUUGAGCACCAGAUUCAUUGGUUUUCCAUCUUCAAUUCAUUCAUGAUGGUCAUUUUCCUCACUGGUUUAGUUUUCAUGAUAUUAAUGCGAACUCUCAGAAAUGACUACGCAAAGUAUGCUCGAGAAGAUGAUGACCUGGAGACUUUGGAAAGGGAUGUAAACGAAGAAUCUGGAUGGAAGCUGGUGCAUGGUGAUGUUUUCAGGCCUGCUCGUAAUUUGGUUUUGCUUUCAGCACUUGUGGGUACCGGUGCACAGCUUGCAAUGCUGGUUCUUCUUGUCAUCGUGUUGGCCAUUAUUGGGAUGUUGUACAUAGGGAGAGGAGCUAUUGUCACUACAUUCAUUGUCUGCUAUGCAUUGACCUCUUUCAUUUCUGGCUAUGUCAGUGGGGGACUUUAUUCUCGAAAUGGUGGGAAAAACUGGAUCAAGUCAAUGAUCCUCACAGCUUCUCUUUUUCCAUUUAUGUGCUUUGGCAUCGGCUUCAUCCUCAAUACAAUUGCUAUAUUUUAUGGAUCUUUGGCUGCUAUCCCCUUUGGAACAAUGGUAGUUGUGUUUAUCAUCUGGGCUUUCAUUUCAUUUCCUCUUGCACUUCUGGGUACAGUUGUUGGGAGGAAUUGGAGUGGGACCCCAAAUAAUCCUUGCCGUGUUAAGACCAUUCCUCGUCCAAUUCCUGAAAAGAAGUGGUAUCUGACACCUUCUGUUGUUUCUCUUAUGGGUGGCCUGCUUCCCUUUGGAAGCAUAUUCAUUGAGAUGUACUUUGUAUUCACGUCCUUCUGGAAUUACAAGGUGUAUUACGUAUACGGUUUCAUGUUGCUGGUGUUCCUGAUCCUUAUCAUUGUGACAGUCUGCGUGACAAUUGUUGGCACAUAUUUCUUGUUGAAUGCUGAAAAUUAUCAUUGGCAGUGGACUUCUUUCUUAUCUGCAGCAUCAACAGCUGUCUAUGUCUACCUUUACUCCAUAUACUACUAUUAUGUGAAAACUAAGAUGUCAGGAUUCUUUCAGACCAGCUUCUACUUUGGCUAUACACUCAUGUUCUGUCUUGGUUUAGGAAUCCUUUGUGGCGCUGUUGGCUAUCUUGGGUCAACUUUGUUUGUGAGGAGAAUCUACAGAAACAUCAAGUGUGACUAGGUGCCGAGAUUCGAACAGCUUGUGAUUGUUAAGGAGACAAGUGGUCAGCUUUCAUGCAGAAAAAUGUCAUCCAUUUGGUAUUUGAAUAUCUAACCUUUGAGCUUCAAAAAUCCCUGGAUUUUGGAAGAUGUAUGUUGGUAUGUGAGACUUCUCCAGGGUGGGGUACACGAAUUCUUCACUGCUAACGGUGAAUCUCUCUCUUUCCACCAAUCCUUCCCCCAAGGGAUAUGAGCUCAGUUGAAGCAAAAUGACCUAUUUUUGUCUUUAUAUAGGGAUAGGAUUUUGCUUUGACGGCUGUAAUCUUAGGUCGCACAAUGUAUUCCACAUUUUUCUGCUUCUAUUGAAUCCACAGAAAUCAUGAGAAACAUGGUUAAUCUUUGUUAUGAAAAAAUUCGAGUCAUGUGCAUUAUUGAAUCAA